AUGACACAACCUAAAGAAGCUGGCAUUAUCCAGCUGCCACUAUCAGCAACACUGAAAGGUGCCCCAACAAAGCGUGCCCCAAAGGUUGCUGCACCGAGACUCAAACUUAUAAUCCGCCGUCUUCCUCCUGGACUUACACGAGCCGAAUUUGAGACUGGUUUGGGCGAUGAUUGGAAAAUAGGACGAGGCAAGAUUGACUGGUUUCAGUUCAAACCAGGCAAGAUCUCGAAAGAUCCUGCUAAACCAUCUCGUCCUGCUCGAGCCUACGUCCACGUGCUUUCAGAAGAAAUUAUCAGUUCGUUAUCGGAGAAGGUCAGAGCCACUUCAUUUCAUGAUGCACGAAAUACCUCGAAUGACCCUGUCCUUCUUGGACCGCCAUCCGUCGAAUUCGCUCCAUUCGCACGAGUCCCAGGUAGUCGCUCGAGGAAGGAUGGAAGACAAGGAACUAUUGAUCAGGAUCCCGAGUUCGUUGCGUUCCUUGAAAGCCUGACGAACCCAAUCACGAAACCUAUCCCGGUCGAAGGAGAAACAGAGAAGAAGGAGGAAGAAGAAAUAACCAUCACACCCUUGGUCCAGUUCAUAAAAGAGAAGAAAGCAAGCAAGGCUAAAGACUCUGCAUCGAGCAAGUCUUCCAAACGCGGCGCUAAAGAGAAGGAGACCAAGGCCGAGAAGGUGGAAAGCAAGAAACUCUUGAAGAGACCAGACCGAGAGGCAGCUGCAGAUUCUACGCCGGCGUCGCCUGAGAAGAAGCCAACAGCAGCGAAAGUUGAGAAAGCUACGAAAGAAGCCGUGAAAGCUGCUAACAAGCAAGCCUCUGCCACUAAAACGAAACAAGCCUCUGCGAAGGAGGCAACACAAACACCUGAUGCUCCUGCAUCUACAACCGAACGCAAAAGGGAGCGAGGUGACGCGAGAGCAGCAGCAAUGAUUCUACAGCGGGAUCUGGGUUUAUCACCAUCUGGUGGACGGCGUCGUGGAAAAGCUGCUGCUGCUGCAGCCACAGAAGGUGAUCGUACCAAAGGAGAGGAGAAACCAGAAUCGGUACCGUCAACGCCUACGAUACCGACCGGACCAAAACCCCCUAGAGGGAGUUCGAAGGCGGCCAAGGACACUACAUCGAAAGCUGCAGCAGCAAAAGCCGCUACUGCUACCACAGCAGCUACGUCGACAGGGCCCGGUACUUCUACGACUACGGAUAGCGCCGUCCCAGCCACUACACCUCGAGCACCAAAAGCAGCCAAACAACAAAAGCCUAAACAAACCGCUGUAAUAUCGACCGCCACACAAGCAUUCCUCAAACACGCGAAUCCCUCGCAGGGCGUUACCGAAGAAUUACUCGAUGCCGCCUUUAGCGCUUUCGGUAAAGUGACCAAGGUGGAAAUAGACAAAAAGAAGGGAUUUGGCUACGUCGAUUUCGCUGAAGCAGAGAGUCUUCAGAAGGCGAUUGCAGCUAGUCCUGUGACUGUGGCACAGAGCCAGGUGGUGGUUCUUGAGAGAAAGAAUACGCCUACACAGCAACAAGCCAAGGCAGCUGCUAAACCUGUUGAGAGUGCACCGCAAGCAUCGUCUGCAGCUCCUCAGCAGCCUGGUGGCGGAACUCAAAAACGGUCACGGGGCCCUCGUAGUCGAGGAGGCAGAGGAAAGGGCAAAGCAGCAGGUGAAGGAGGAAAUGCAGCAAAGACUGAGACUGGUGGAGGGACUAGCGAGACAUGA